GCCGUUGUUCGCGCUCCCCGCAGCGCCCGAAGGCCGCGGCCCCGCCGGGACCCCCAUGUGAGCGGCGGGCGGCGCGGGGGGGCCGGCGCACCGCGACCCGCCGGGGCCACGGGCGAAGAUGACAUCGCGGAGAUGGUUUCAUCCAAAUAUCACUGGGGUGGAGGCAGAAAACCUUCUGUUAACAAGAGGAGUCGAUGGCAGCUUCCUGGCACGGCCCAGCAAAAGUAACCCAGGAGACUUCACACUCUCUGUUAGACGAACUGGAGCUGUCACCCACAUCAAGAUCCAGAACACAGGUGACUACUAUGACCUCUAUGGGGGAGAGAAGUUUGCCACGCUGGCUGAGCUGGUCCAGUAUUACAUGGAACACCAUGGGCAGCUCAAGGAAAAGAAUGGAGAUGUCAUAGAGCUGAAAUAUCCCCUCAACUGUGCUGAUCCCACGUCUGAAAGGUGGUUUCAUGGGCAUCUCUCGGGGAGAGAAGCUGAGAAACUCUUGACAGAGAAAGGGAAACAUGGGAGUUUCCUGGUACGAGAGAGCCAGAGCCACCCUGGGGACUUUGUCCUUUCUGUGAGGACAGGGGAUGACAAAGGAGAGAGCAACGAUGGCAAAUCCAAAGUGACACACGUCAUGAUCCACUGCCAGCCUGAUCUCAAAUACGACGUUGGUGGAGGGGAGAAGUUUGACUCUCUGACAGAUCUGGUGGAGCAUUACAAGAAGAACCCCAUGGUGGAGACUUUGGGCACUGUGUUGCAACUCAAACAGCCCCUGAACACCACCCGGAUUAACGCCGCCGAGAUCGAGAGCCGAGUGAGGGAGCUCAGCAAACUGGCAGAGACCACGGAUAAAGUCAAGCAGGGCUUCUGGGAAGAGUUUGAGACCUUGCAGCAGCAGGAAUGCAAACUCCUCUACAGCCGUAAGGAAGGGCAGCGCCAGGAAAACAAAAACAAAAACAGAUACAAAAACAUUUUACCCUUUGAUCACACCAGAGUUGUUCUCCAUGAUGGUGAUCCCAAUGAACCUGUUUCUGACUAUAUCAAUGCUAAUAUUAUUAUGGUGAGUCCUGAGUUUGAAACCAAGUGCAACAACUCAAAGCCAAAAAAAAGUUACAUUGCUACCCAAGGCUGCCUGCAGAACACGGUGAAUGAUUUCUGGAGGAUGGUGUUCCAGGAGAAUUCCCGAGUUAUUGUCAUGACCACAAAGGAAGUGGAAAGAGGAAAGAGUAAGUGUGUCAAGUACUGGCCGGAUGAAUAUUCCCUGAAGGAAUACGGAGUGAUGCGCGUGCGGAAUGUGAAGGAGAGCGCAGCACACGAUUACACCCUGAGAGAGCUGAAACUUUCCAAAGUUGGCCAGGGGAACACGGAGAGGACGGUGUGGCAGUACCACUUCCGCACCUGGCCCGACCACGGCGUUCCCAGCGAUCCCGGGGGUGUCCUGGAUUUCCUGGAGGAGGUGCACCACAAGCAGGAGAGCAUUCCUGAUGCAGGACCUGUCGUGGUCCACUGCAGUGCUGGAAUUGGGCGAACAGGAACUUUCAUUGUCAUUGACAUCCUCAUUGACAUCAUCAGAGAGAAAGGGGUGGACUGUGACAUCGAUGUCCCCAAGACCAUCCAGAUGGUGAGGUCCCAGCGCUCAGGGAUGGUGCAGACAGAGGCCCAGUACAGGUUCAUUUACAUGGCAGUGCAGCACUACAUCGAGACCCUCCAGCGCAGGAUCGAGGAGGAGCAGAAGAGCAAGAGGAAAGGUCACGAGUACACAAACAUUAAAUAUUCGCUAUCGGACCAGACGAGUGGGGAUCAGAGCCCUCUCCCCCCCUGCACCCCAACCCCAACGUGUCCAGAAAUGAGAGAAGAUAGUGCUAGAGUAUAUGAAAAUGUUGGGCUGAUGCAACAGCAGAAGAGUUUCAGAUGAGAAGAUGUUCAGAGCCUUCCAGGCCAAGGCAGAUAUGAAAAUGGUUUUUAAAAAGGUCAAGAAAGAGUUGGAAGAAGCUUCACGUGAGCAGUGAACUCUGAGGGCUUGGUACCUUUUUAUUUACGGUUUUAAUCCUUCAGUAGGCAAAACUUCAGAGCAUCUAAAGAUUGUUUUUAUCUCUUCUCUCCAAUUUCCAAUUGCUCAUUUUCCAAAUAAAAGGAAAUCCUUUCUACAAGGUAGACAAUUACUUUGUAGAGUCAGUUUUGAAUCCUGCAAACUGUUGGACUGUCAUCCAUUUGUUUGUUUAAAUAGUAUUUUGGUUUCACAGUAUGGCUGUUAGUGUUUUUGUUUGUUUUUUUUUUCCUUAUUUGAGCAGUUGUGGGGUUUUUGGGGGGGCACUGGGUGGGGGGUGGGUGGUUGGGAGAGCAAUGCCAUGGACAAAUCCGUGACAUGAAAUGUAAAAUACUGAUGGGAACAAUGUGGAUUGUUGGAAAACAGUGGAUCACCAGCGUGAGUAGAACCAAGUGCAUGAUCAAAUUAGUCCUGAUACAUUUCAAACUCAGACUGAGCUUCCUGGGGUGAGCAGUUCUUGAGAUGAAGGUGCUUUUUUGUGAUAAUUGGUGGCUUUGAUUCCAAUUUUGCUGUGUGGCUGGAUGGGCUAUUUUGGUGGAAUUUAUGCUAAGUUGCUUUUACUUCAAACAAAGUUUCUUUUCCAUGAUCUCUGCCCAGGAUAGGAAUUCCCUGUGUCCUUCAGGAGACUCAGUGACCUGGGGGUGGUUUGUGAGGACACUAUGGUGACUCUGUGCUCAAUUAAAUGAGAUUGAACCGGUGGAAUUCGGGUGUUAAUUAAGAAGUUGCAGGAUGAUAACACCAGUGAAAUCAGCAACCCACUGUUGGUGUCAGGAAGCCUACCUGAAGGGAAGUGGAAGCUGUGGAGUGGAUUUUUAGGGAAGGAGGGAUGUCCUGGUGGGACAGCGAGCGGCGAGGCCACACUGGGGGCACUGUCCCACCCCAAGUGCCUUUGGGACCUGCCUGGACCUUCCUGUCCCAGUGCCAUGGAAAACCACCUGGAAGCACUUGUGAUUGUUAGGGAGACAGAUCUUCCAGACUCCCCAAGGAAGAUCUGGUGAGCUUCCAUUGAAUUCCUUCCCCUGGCUCUGUCCUGGAGCAGCAGGUCCCCUUGGAGCUGUGGAUGGCAGGACCAGGAGGAGGAGUGGGACCUGGUGUCCCCCCAGCACCUUGGCCCUGCUUUUUGGGGACAUUCUGUGACUUCACUGGUGUUGAGGAGUGAUUCCCAUCCUCUCGCAGGGUGCCUGACCUUCCUGUGUCAUUGGAAUGGGGUUAUUGGCCUUCCUGGUGGAAUUCUGCUGGAACCUGGAAUGUAAUUAAUGCAGCUUUGUGGGAGAUUCCAUCACCUGGUCCUCAGAGCACUGUGCAAAUUCCAAUAUUUGAGCAGUUUGUUUGAACUGAAUGAAGGUGCUUCAUUAAUGUUAAGCAGGAUUUUGUUCCUUGGCCUCUUGUCCUUUUUGUCUUUAGGGGCUUUGGGAUUUGAUUUUUUUGGAACUCCUGUCACCAGCACACCAUAAAUGUGUCUGACUUUGUCACAGCCUUAUGCUCUAGCCCUGAAUCCUUACCCCUUCCUAAAUUGGAAUAGAUGAUGAGGAGAGAGAAAUGUGGUGAUUUGGUAGAGAGAUUCCUGUUCUCCAUCCCCUGCCAGUCUGUCCCUAUUCCCAGCUCCCUCCUGCUGAGCAGGGAUCACUUGGAAAUGCUGAGAUUUGCAUGGAAUAAUUCAAUAUUUGCCUCAAACUCUGUGCAGAGUCAAACUUUGCAUUUCAGAGGUUGGAGCAAGGCGGGGACACACCCGGCUGGGGUUUGGAGCUGCCCUGCUCCAAACUGGGAAGUAAAGGUGGGGGGAAAAUCAGGAGAAAGGAGGGAAGGAUCCUGAGGGAACCUCAACUCUUAGCACUCAGUUCCUGUGAAGUGUCUUAAAAGCUGGACCUGUGUGAGCAGCAAUCAGCCCACAGCCAGCACAACGUUGCCUCCUGACCUCAUUCAGAGCCUGCCUCUGGAGGAUUUGAUUUGGAAUUGUUCUCCUUGGAAGCAGGGAAUUCUUGCUGCAGAAUGUGUGUGGGAAUCCUGGGGAGCACAUGGUGGGGGAAUGUCAGUGAUGGGGGAGCAGGAUCUGAUAGAUUGUGGUUAAAGGAAGAAAUUCUCCUUUCUGAACCAGUGUUGGCUCCAAAGGGGAGCCCCUGCAUCCUAAAAUCUGUCACCAGAGACAGGGAGGGUUCUUAAAGCAUUUCCUGCAUUAAUUACAGCAAAUAACUUUGGGGUUCUGACAGAUGAAGCAACAGAGAAACAUCCUUUGGUUCAGGGGAGAUGAGUGAAUGUGGCAUUCAGGGAUUCCCAGUUUUAGGGAAUUCUGUUGGAAGCAGUGCUGGCUGAGCUUGUUCUGGAGCAGGGGUGGAAAAGGGAUCCCAAGGUUCUCUUGGAGAAGCCUUUAUCCCAUGAGGAAAAUUUACCCCAACUCCCAAGGCACAAUGAUUGAUGCCAGUGUGAAUUUGCUGCAGACUUCAUUUACUGAAUGUUUUAGAUAAAUACACUGUAAUUUCAGCUAACUCCUGUUAGGCCUGAUUGGUUCUAUUAAUCCUGACCAAACUUUCAUUUUUUUUUCCUCCUGAAAAAGAUGUGUUUGAGACACGAUUAACCAGGACACAGCUAACAAAGGUAUCCAACCUCUUCCCUUUUUUCAUUGUAGGACUGAGGAAAUUCAUAGCUGGGACUAAGAUGUGUUGUCAGGGUUUGAUUCUCUACCCAUAACUCCAUUAUUUCAAAUUAAUUGUUCAUUUCUCCCUUUUCAAUAGUGAAAGGUAAUGAAUAAUUACAAGCCUGUUUAUUUAUGACAUUACUGUAAUUUUUUUUUUAUUGCAGUACUAAAGACUAAUGAAAAAGGAUCUUAUUAGGUGGAGUAGGCCUUGCAUUUAUUUUUUUUUUCCUGCAAUGUAUGAAGUAUUGUACCAGAGUAUUAAAUGAAAUGUAAUAUUUUAUUGCAAAAUUUCUAUCCUUUAAAAGGAAUACAUUUAGGAUGUCAUCAAUUUGAUGUGAAUCAUGUAAAUGUUGAGAAAUGAGCUGUUUAUUCUACAUCUGGUGUUUUCAAAAAGAUUUCACCUCUUGCCUUUUGCCCACAGUCUGUAGCCCAUUUACAGUUGUCAAAAUGUGACAUUAAAUAAUAGUUCCUGUAUAGAAAUAGUGGUGGUUGUCCAUUGUUUUCUGGGCUGGUAUUUAUGGGGUUUAAUUCAGUUUGGGUUUUUUGGUUUUGUUUUUUUUCUUUUUUUUUUUUUAUUGCUGCCAAGCUGUGUUAUCAGGAAUAAACCAUAUCUGUAAACAGCAGAAAUUCCAUUAAAAAAAAAAAGAAAAAGGAAAAAAAGAAAUUCAAAAUAGAAGAAAAAAAAAAAUAAAAAUCGUUUUCUUACCA